AGACAACUAAAGCAAAUCUUUUUGCUGAUGACACAAGCCUUUUUUGUGAAGGGUUUAGUCCAUAUGAAAUUGAGAUCAAACUUAAUAAAGACAUUGAAAAUGUUCAUAGGUGGUUGACAGCUAACAAGCUCUCAUUAAAUAUGAAAAAGAGUGAAUUUAUGAUAAUAGGAUCAAGACGUCGCUUAGCUUCAAUUGAAAAUAGCCCAGUACUAACAUUAGGGGGAAACAACAUUAAGCGAGUUUACCAAAAAAGUCACUAG